AUGGAGAAGUUUUCAAGUCUUGAGGACUUGCUUCGAAUCCCUGGCUAUAAUGGUAGCGUGAUUCUGGAUAUUUCCGUUCUAUCAUGUGGAUGUCUAACCUCAGAAUCAACUUUCAAUGAACUCAAUAUUGCCAGAAUUUGUCCCACUUGUCAACUACAAAAUGUUUCAAUUUUAGCACCCGUAAAACCUUUACGUGAUCUUUACAAUAUAAUUUCAAAUCAGCAAUCACAAACAUCUUUGGAAAGACGACGUCCAUCUUCCUCCAAGAAAAGUAUCAAGGCCAUACUGGAUGAAAAUUAUAAACCUAAAACAGGAGAUGAAACAGCUGGGAAUACUGAACCAAUGAGUUUGUUAAGUCUAUUCUAUAAGUUUGCCAAAGAGGAACAAUUCGAGAGAACAGAUCUGAAAGAAGUCCCUCAUUCUUAUCAACAACAACUGCAACAAAUGAAGGACAACCAAGUACCAAUUCAAAACAUGUUACAAAAACAGCAGCUGAAUUAUUCUGACAUAUCAAAGACACUACCAAUAGAUAUAUCAAGCAAAAAGGCAAAUGUUGAUUUGACUAGGUCCUACCCAUCCUCAGUUCUGAUGAAUUCUACUUCAAUUUCCCCGCAAAAUCAUAGAGCAUUUGUAGAACCUGCAAUUUCAGGCAUAGCAAGAACUAAUACAGAAACUGAUUUUAACAACUCUACUGAUAACAAUAUUAUUCCAUCUAGUUUUGAAAAGAACCUCCUUGAGAGUUUAAGUGAAAAUAAAGAAUUCAAUUUUGCAAAAUGCUUCCCAUUCCAUCGUAAGUUAUCCACAUUUCCGACACAACAACUAAAAUUGAAUCUAUCUUCAAUAGUUCCCUUUAAACUGUCUAAUUAUUCUAUCAAGAGAGCCACUAGUACUUCGAUUCAUUCGUAUCUUGAUUACAACUCAAGUAUGGAAAUCACCCGUUUUGUUCUCAUUAGCAAUAAACGAUGGGAAGUGUAUGAAUAUAUUGUGCCGAUGGGAGAUACUGGAAACUUACUGAUUAAACCUCAGCUAAUAUGCUGUGGUAAACUGACUGGAGAAUACGGGGAAAAUCUAAAUAGUCUAUCCUUGCCCGAGAGCGACAGUGACGAGCCCAAAGAAAUCAUAGUGAGAAACGAUUUUGGUGCGAAGGAUAAUACCAAUUGUACUAAUGAUUUAGAUAUUAAAAAGAGAUUGAGUUCAUGGGACCAAAUGUACUGUAAAUUGACGAGGAAUUAUUUGGUGAUUUCUGGUACAAAAGGAGUGAUGCGUAUAUUCAACUUGAAUAAAAUGUCUCCAUAUAAAUUUGGUCAACCAAUGUACACUUUCGUUACUAAUUUCCCCAUUAGAUGCAUUUCUAUUGCACCAAACGAUUCUUUAGUUGCUUGUGGUAUUACUGCCAAGGAAAGGAUAUCGGGGAAGGAACAACCAUUUGUUAUACUUCAUAGGUUGAUGAUGCUGGAGUAUGGAUCCCUUGAAUCUGUCGAUCCGUUGACAAUAACUAUUCCUUAUCGAGACCCAAUAAAAAUCAUGAAUUUCAAUGCAUCGUCUACCCAUUUGAUUAUUGCAACUAGUUGGGAAACACGUUAUUUGAUUAUUAGAUUAACCAAUAAUCGCCAAAAUGAUAAUUAUCGGAAACCGCGUUUGGUGUGGUCAGAGAUCGUCUACAAGUCAAAUCGACGAUUUAAAUCUGAUUUUGAUGAUGAAAACCUGGCUGGUGCCAUUUAUGAAGAAAGAGCAGAAGCUGAAAACGAUUUGAUGUUAUCUAAAGAAGGCAUAACUGAUGUUAAAUUUGGCACAAUGAAUUCGAACUUGAUUAUUGUCACAUCAUGCUCUUUAAGAAGCAGACCUCCUUUGGUAAUAAAAUUGGAAGGAAGUCAAAUUGAUUCAACCAAAAAUGUGGUUAAUAAUAAUGAUAUGAAAAGUUUAAACAGCGCUGAUGAAAGUGAAAAAUACUCCAGUGUGGAAUCAGCUGAAACAUUUAUGAGAAUUAAUGAAAUUGGAUCGCUCAUACAUAGAAUUGCCGUAUCUCCUCGUGGUGAUGGCAUUGUUUUCCUUGAUAAAGAUGGGAAACUAUUUUUAGUCGCCAGUGCAAACUUUUAUCCAGGAAGAAGAAUAAGCUCGACUGAUUCGAAAAAUAAGAAAAUCGUUGUUCAAUUAGGAGAUGUUGCUAAUGCUGAAAGGUUUAGUGAAUCUGCGUCUGUGGUUUUCAGUGCUGAUGGAGGUAAAGUGUUUGCUUUAGACAGAAAAGGGGUUUUCUCUGUAUUUGAUUUUACAAAAGGUAUUCCUGGUGAAGAUCCUGAUGUGAUUAAAUGUAAGAUCAUCAGUUUGUAA